AACAGGACGGCUGCCCACCUGCAGGACAUGGAGAAGGCCCGGCCGCUGUGGGACCACCCCUUGCAGUUUGUUUUCGCCUGCAUCUCUUAUGCCGUGGGGCUGGGGAAUGUCUGGAGGUUCCCAUAUUUGUGUCAGAUGUACGGUGGAGGUGGCUUUUUGAUCCCAUACGUCAUCAUGCUGAUCGUGGAGGGGAUGCCGCUGCUCUACCUGGAGCUGGCGGUGGGGCAGCGCAUGCGCAAGGGGAGCAUCGGAGCCUGGAAAAUAAUAAGCCCCUACCUCUGUGGGGUUGGCGUUGCCAGUGUGGUCGUCUCCUUCUUCCUCUCCAUGUACUACAACGUGAUUAAUGCCUGGGCUUUCUGGUACCUCUUCCACUCCUUCCAGGACCCACUGCCAUGGGCCACCUGCCCCUUGAACGGCAACCGCACGGGGUACGAGGAGGAGUGCGAGAAGACAUCUUCCACCCAGUACUUCUGGUACCGGCAGACCCUGAACAUCUCCCCCUCACUUGAGACCAGCGGGAACCUGCAGUGGGAGCAAGCACUGUGCCUGACACUGGCCUGGCUGGUGGUCUACCUCUGCAUCCUCCGUGGCACCGCGUCCACAGGCAAGGUCGUCUAUGUCACAGCCUCCUUGCCAUACUGUGUUCUCAUCAUAUACCUCAUCAGAGGACUGACACUUCACGGAGCUGUCAACGGGUUGAUAUACAUGUUUACUCCAAAGCUGGAGCAGCUGUCGAACCCCAAAACGUGGAUCAGCGCCGCCACACAGAUCUUCUUCUCACUGGGUCUGGGCUUUGGCAGCCUCAUUGCCUUUGCCAGCUACAAUGACCCAAGCAACAACUGUGAGCGGCACGCCAUCAUCGUCUCCCUCAUCAACAGCACCACGUCCAUAUUUGCCAGCAUCGUGACUUUCUCCAUCUAUGGCUUCAAGGCGACAUUUAACUACGAAAGCUGCAUAAACAAGGUGAUCCUGCUGCUGAUGAAUACUUUCGAUCUGGAGGAAGGCUCCUUGACAGCAGACAACCUUAGUGAGAUGAAGGACUACCUCAUGGCUGCCCACCCACAGGAGUAUGCCCAGUUGUCGCCCCAGCUGAAAAACUGCAGCUUAGAAGCUGAGUUAGACACGGCUGUCCAAGGAACUGGGCUGGCAUUCAUUGUCUACUCAGAAGCCAUCAAAAACAUGGAGGUGUCUCAGCUGUACUCUGUGCUCUACUUUGCCAUGCUGCUAAUGCUGGGCAUUGGCAGCAUGCUGGGCAACAUCGCUGCCAUCCUUACGCCCCUGACUGACAGCAAGGCCAUCACCUCACGCUUCUCUAAGGAAGUGAUCUCUGGUUUUGUGUGUUUCAUCAACUGCAUCAUCGGCCUCAUAUUCACCAUGGAGGCUGGGAACUACUGGUUUGACAUCUUCAAUGACUAUGCAGCCACCCUCUCGCUGCUGCUCAUCGUGCUGGUAGAAACCAUUGCUGUGUGCUACAUCUACGGGCUAAGAAGAUUUGAGAAAGAUCUUCAAACGAUGAUUGGACGCAAGCUAAACUGGUACUGGAAAACAAUGUGGGCUUUUGCUAGCCCUUUGCUCAUUAUAAGCCUGUUUAUAUUUUACCUCACGGACUAUAUCCUCACAGGAACCCUUCAGUACCAAGCGUGGGAUAGCACACAGGGGCAGCUGGUGACAAGGGACUACCCCAGCUACGCCCUGGCAGUGAUAGGGCUGUUGGUGGCCUCAUCCACCAUGUGCAUACCCCUGGGGGCACUCCUAACUUUCGUAAGGAAGAGACUGAAGAGGGAAAGAGUCUCCACUGUUGCAUGAACACAGAGAACUGGAUUGGGAAAGACCUCACCCGCACCACCAGUGACUGGGCACUUCUGGAAGCCAGCAGCAACCAUUACUUGUAGCAGCUACUUAGAGAUUGGGGUAUCUUGGUGCCAUAUUUACCAAAAAGUGCUCUUGGGAGGUCCCUCAGUGAUUCAGAAAACAAGCUCUCCUGUAACAAGAUGAAGCUUUAAUAUGGCCUCUGUAAGAGGGGGAGAAGCAAAACAGCAGCUCACAAACGCUCUAGCUAGCACGAAUUAACCAAUGCCACCUCUUAGGCGAUUCUUCCCCUCUCUGCUGUAGCACUGCCUAUCUGGAAACAGGAGCAACCAAGCAGGCACGAUCCGGCACUGAAGCACAGGCACACAUCCCUACCACUUCAGAAAGCCAACACUUCACCACGUGUAUUAUGUCCAUGUUCAGCAACGCAGUUUAUAUCCAAGCUGCAGAAGAUGUUGUCUCCAGAAGAAGUAAACUUCCAAUUCCAGUGCGCAGUUCUGCCCUGUGCUGUACAUUUUGCUAGGGAUGCACUGAACAAAGUGCCUGUAAUUAACAAGCUGCCCUAUAAGCCAACCAACACCCAGUAUGCCAUACAACUAGCUUUAACAAAGGUCAUAUCCAAGUGUACUUUAAUUUUAAUCAUGAGAUGCAACAGUCCAGCAGUUCCACAGAACUGUUUCAUUUGCUCGUGUUAAUGUUCUAUGGAAGUACCAUGCUUAAAUUUUAAGCAUCGUGUAGCAGAAAUCAGUAAAAUUUUAUCUAUGAACUUGCAAAGAGGUCAAUGAAGAACACAAGAAACACGCUCACAGGACACAGGUUCUAAAUGCAGUGCCUUGAUUACGUAACCACUAGAAGAUGGCAAGUGCCUUAUAAAAGAGGGAUUUUGUUUCAAACGUUUUCAGAGUGCAUCAACACAAGUCUAUCUCUACGGGGCAAAGAGCAGGAGGUCAUUUCACAGCCUUCAGGGAUGGAUGAAAUCUUGAAAGUCAUAAUCAACACCGACAGGACACGCUUAGUCUGCAGCAGCCUCUAGAAAUGCAUGCCUCCUUCCCAUACUGAACUAACAAAGGAAAGACACCCGUUUCACUUUUCAGUUUAUUAAAAAUGGAUACCAUAAACAAGACCUGUACAAAAAAAAAUCCAAAGUCGCCCAGCAUUUGGUAACAUGUUGCAUGUGAGAAGUUAUCGUCUUGGGCCUCCUCUUCCUCUUCCGCGGCCCCGGCCUCUUCCGCGGCCUCGGCCACGGCCUCUUCCAGCAACUGAGCAAAUGAAACAGAAAAGACGAAGCAAGUGAGACCUUGGAAUACUUUAAUUUAUAUCAGAACAUUCUGCUGCAAGCACGAACAACCUAACAUCACAUGGAAGCAGUAAGUAAGAUAUUAAACCUGUUAAUUCCCAGAAUGUCUUAAGACAGCACUGUCAUCUUUUGUGUUAGGAGUUCCAGUGCCCAGCUGCCACGGGCUACUGUCCGUCUCUGACUUGGCUGCAGACAACAAGGAGCUGAAACAUCACUGCUUCCAAAUACUGUGGGAAGUCUGACAAUUUCUCUUCUCUGCUUGAUAAAACCUUGUUCUUCAGGAAUCAGAAAAAGAAAUUGCAACAUUUUGCUGCACAGAGUAUUUUAGUUAUUACCCAUCUCCCUAGAAAGGUGUUUUUUCUUCUUUCUUUUUUUUUUUUUUGCCACAGCUCACACCAUUUCAUUAAGUACAAUGUUUAAGAAAAACAUGCUCUAAGAUUUCCAAGCCCCUUCUCCCAGGUUGCAGCAGACUAAAAGGCAGCAUUUCUAAAGGGACCCAGCACCAGACAGCCCAUUCUGUUUCCAGAAAUGCCUGUGCCAGUUUCAGACAUGAUUCCCAGCCCACUGCUUCUCAGUGCUGCCAUGUCGUGACACACAGAAGGAAGACAGAACCACAGAAUGAUUCAGCCUGAAGGAAAUGCUGGAGGUUCUACGGUCCAGAUGAUGGUAACGUCAUUUUAGCCUAUGAUAUACACACCCACGGGCUCCUUAUUCCAUUUUAUUAAUGUAAGAAGAUUAAUUAUGGUGCAUUUUUGAAGCAUCAAAGACUGCAGGUCCAUAUACUUAGGCAUAAAUUACAGGAGAAACCGCAAGCAGUUACUUCAGAGCACAAUUACCUUUAACUUAUUUCUUGAAAGAUACACUGAUUAACACUGUUGGGCAAAACUUUUACUGCCUGAGGACACAUACAAACUUCCUGGAGUUUACUGGAUAUUGUUAGCGGCGUAGAAUAAAAACAGAAGCAUUCCCUACUUGGUUAGGCUUCUAAGGAAAAGAAGGAACAUAGCCUCAGCUCCUUCUGCAUUCUGAAGCCCCUCCAACUCAGUUCUCCAGCAGAUUAUUUGUAUCCACUUCCACAUGGGAUUUCAGUUCAGCACCACUCCUGAGGCUAUUCUAUACUUUCUUAUUAGGCUAAAUAUGAAGUUACCCACAGAACCAGGGAAGCUGAGCAGACAUUUUGAAAACAGGAACUGUACAUCUCAUUGGUGUUACCUCUGAGAACGUGAUAGGUUAAGAUUUACUUGCACUUGAAGACAUUUACAUGUUGAAACAGAUGCAUGAGAAGCCAUAUAAAUAACUUCUCAUGAAAGGAAACUACAGACACAAAGAAGGCAGGCAAGACAGAGUGAGUGAGUUCAGUACAAACCCUCAGAGAUGAAAGCAGUACAGAAAUUAAGAUAUUCCAAUCAUAUGCCUUCAGACUGAGAACACGAAAACAAAGACAAGACAAAACAAGCAGAGAUUGGGAAAUCAUGCACUGACCUGCUUCUCUUUUCUUGGACUUGACUUUUGGUUCAACAUCCACGAGCAAGGUGUCCAGGGGCAAACUGUCUGGCAGAAUGAAGUAUCGGAUGUUAUUCCCCCGAAUGCUCAGCGUCUCCAGCUGUACAGGCUCCCUGUUCUUCAGUGUCAUUUUCACAGCCUUGAGAUGAGUAUUCAUACUGACAUCCACUCCUGAAAUGGCAGAAGUCUGGUUUCAGAGAGUGAAAACACACUGGAUGACUCCUCUCUGGCUAUUAUAAACUGUGCACACGCUUCAAGACUUUGCUAACAUGCACUUCUGGAUCUGUGCCAUUCGUUAAUUAAUCCUCUAACUGGAAGAAGAAACAACAUCUUUUUUUCUCUGUUAAGUUAUGCUGAUUUAUCAGCUGCUGCCCUCAACACUUCACUGAUAUAUUUCCAAUGGAAGAGCCACUUGCUACCAGCUGUAGGGAUCUGUUCCUAGGUCUUAGUCACAGCAACACUGUGCACGCUUAGAAUGAUUCCUCUGGACAACAAAUAAA